AGAGAUAGAGAGCUUGAGAAGGCUGAGUACAAGAGAGAUAAGGGAGCACAGAUAGAGUGAUAGCGUCUCAGGAGAGAGAGAGAGAGAAACACAGCAAAGACGCAUAAAGAAAACGAGAGAGAGAGAGAGAGAGUGAGUGAGUGUGUGUUGGUGUGUGUGUGUGUGUGUGUGUGUGUGUGUGUGGAGCUGCGUUGCGCUGGGCUGCUUGGAUAUCCAUCUCCAUCUGGGUGCCAUCUGUGUCUCUGGCUCUGGCCUUCACCACACUGGAGCUCACAUAUGUGGGAAUGCAAACACAUGCCUGACAUAUGAAGGCGUGGAGUCACAGAGAGAGAGACAGAAAGGCUCGGAUAAGAAGGCAAAACCCCGCCACCGCAGCUGACUUUUUCCAAGGAUCGAAGAGUGGACUCUGCUAGAGUGGAGACAGUAGAGAGAAGAAGAGCCCUGCCAUGCCCGGUUCUCCUGUGGAUGUUAAGACUCAUUCCAGAUCAGCCCCUAGCAGCAGUGCCAGCUCCACCAUGCCCCCCCUGCCCUCUGUCAACCCCAGCGGCCCUCGUCCGGCCUCCUUUUCUACCACAGCAUUGACCAAUGGGAAUCACCAUUCCCCACCCACCUUGAAUGCCGUGCCGUCCCCACCUCAACGUUAUAGCAAUGGACCAUCGUCUUCCUCUUCCUCGUCGCUGGCUAACCAGCAGCUGCCAGCCACCUGUGGGGCGCGCCAGCUGAGCAAGCUGAAACGUUUCCUGACCACACUGCAGCAGUUUGGCAAUGACAUCUCUCCUGAGAUUGGCGAGAGCGUCCGAAGCCUCGUUCUGGCCCUUGUGAAUUCAACAGUCACCAUUGAGGAGUUCCACUCACGGCUUCAGGAGGCCACCAACUUCCCCCUACGGCCCUUUGUUAUUCCAUUUCUAAAGGCAAACCUACCCCUUCUGCAGAGGGAGCUGCUCCACUGUGCACGGGCAGCCAAGCAGACACCAGCUCAGUACCUAUCCCAGCAUGAGCACCUCCUGCUCAGCACUACCCUGGCUUCCCCUCCUGACUCCUCUGAGCUACUGAUGGAGACGGGUGACGCCGGGGCCAAGAGACACAGCCCCAGCAGGAGUAAAGAGAACGGUUUCCACGAGCGUCCACCCGCAGCGCUGGAGCCCUCUGCCAAGCGGAUCUGCACCAUCAGCCCCGCUCCCCGGCACAGUCCUGCACACCCGCUGCCCCUCAGCGCCCAGCUUCACCCCACCCCUCCACCCCUGCAGCACUACGCCCUGGACGACAUUGCAGCACCGCACAUCCUGCACCGCGAGCACAACCAGCGCAUGCUAGAGCUUCGCGAGCUCAAAGACAGGCCUAGACUUCCUGGCACUAACGGGGGCUACCGCGAGGAGCCAGUGGACCACAGACUGACAGACAGAGAGUGGGCUGAUGAAUGGAGGCAUCUGGACCAUGUGCUGAACUGCAUUGUGGACAUGGUGGAGAAGACGCGGAGGUCAGUGAGCGUGCUCAGACGGUGUCAGGAGUCGGACCGCGAGGAGCUCAACUACUGGAGACGGCGUUCCAGCGAACAGGAGGACCCGCGCAAAGGAGGCUCGGGCUCCACUCCCUUCUCCAAGACACACAGCCCUCACUCUGCAGACUCUGAUGCCCAGCGCGACUUUGCUCCACGGCCAGGCUCGACAUACGUUCCAGAUGAAAUCUGGAGGAAAGCUGAAGAGGCAGUGAAUGAGGUGAAGCGACAGGCCAUGGACGAGGUUCAGAAGGCAGUGGCGGAGGCCGAGCAGAAGGCCUUUGAGAUGAUUGCUGCCGAAAGGGCUAAGAUGGAGAAGACCCUGGCCGAGGCGAAGAGGAAGGCCCAAGAGGACGCCAUCAUGGUCAUCAAUGAGCAAGAGGAUUCCAGCGAGUGUUGCUGGAACUGUGGCCGCAAGGCUAGUGAGACGUGCAGCGGCUGCAAUGCCGCUCGCUACUGCGGCUCCUUCUGCCAGCACAAGGACUGGGAGAGACAUCACCUCAUCUGCAGUCCAGGGCUUCAGGCCCAGCCCAAACCAGUGUCCGCCAUCACUGCAGCCAGGGCAGCUGCUGUAGCCUCAGCAGCAGCGGCAGCGGCAGCUGCUGGAGUGUCCCCUGUCGGCCUGGCUGGGGUCAGUAAGGCCCCUGACAGCAUGCCCUCCAUCUCCAGUCCUGGUGGAGAGAAGGCAGCCGUCGCCUCUCGCUCCUCAACCCCCUCGACCCCCGCCUCGGCCCCUGAAACCAACGGACACUAGGAGGUUAAGGACCAGAACAUGCAUAUCUUGGAUCAAUGUGUAAUCCACCAAAUCCACCAAACUGAAUUGAGAUCAGCAGCAAGAGGGAACUAUUUGUGGGUUAAGUCAGGAUAACAGAUUUUUCAUCAUACUCUUUGGCAGAUAAAAAAGGACAGAUUAUGGAUGACUGUUUGAGUGAUAUGUCAACUGGGACUUUGGUUUUGGCAAAUAACAGAAGGACUCGUCUUGAAUGCAUCCAUUGGAUGAACAGAUCUCCCCAACAGAUGGAAACUUGUUUGUCUUCGUCCAAAGCCCCAAAUCUUGGAUCUGUGAGGGGGGAAAAAACAUUAACUGACUGACUAUUGAUCUCAGUUUAUGUCUGACUGAAAGGAAGGAAGUUGUGAGAGGAAGGCAUAUGAGAAAAGACGAGGGGGGGAUUAAAAAGCAGGGUGUUCUAAGACCCCUCACCCAUCCAACCAAUGAUUAUCAGUUUGUUGUUGUGUAUAAAUUUAUAAGAGAGAGGUGGUGGUAGAUGUCAACAAUGUAAUAGUGCCAGCCAUAAAGCAUCUGUCUUGUCCUAUAGGAGGAAUCCAAGAGAGAGGACAACAUAUAAGGGUCUUCUCUGCAGCUCUUGUGUAUAUAAAUAUUUGCUCGCCAAGUUCUUGUCAGGUAUCCGUAUGUGUGAAUGCGUGCGUCAAACAGUCGUGUUGUCAGUGAAUAUCGUAAAGCAUAUGAUUUCUUUUGUCAGAGCAAUAUUAAAAUGAAGUGUUCAGGUAUCUCAAGCUGUUUCUGCAUCACCAAAGUCUUCACUUGCUAAAGAGAGGGUCUGUGUCGCUGCCUGCCGCUGUUAGGUCCUUGUGAACAAGAGGUAAUUACACAUUAAUGCCACAUUGUCUACUUUUAAGAUGCACCUAGCUAGGAUCUCUGGCCACUAUCUUUUAUCUCUGCUCAUUUGUCAAAAGUCUUUAGGUGAACAAAGAGAGAAAAGUGAUUUUUGGAUCAGGUAAGGGUACAAAGAUUCUGUGAUUUUUCUUUUUCUUUUUAUUCUGUGCUUGCAGUUUCUGUUUGACGCUUGUUCACAUCACCAGUUGUACAUGUCAGGGUCGGAUAUUGCUCAAGAUCAUCCACCACAGCAAUGUUUUCAUCGGAAAAAUCAACUUUGUAAUCCAGCUUAAUGAGACACAUAUCUAUCACCAUGGGCAAUAAUCCUCAGUCACAGUUAAUUUCCAGCAGAGCAGCCGAUGACACAACAACUAUUAAAUUAAACCCAAACAAUUGAGAUUCAUAUUGUCUUAUUUGCAUUUAUCAGCGGGGAAACAAUAACUGGUGCUUACAUUGCUCUGGUGCAGGCCUUGCAGUGACUCUGCCCCGCUAAGAAUCUCAGGAGCCAUACAUGUAUGUAAACACAAUUCUGUUCUUUGUUUCUUUUGUCACAGUUCGAAUAAAGUGAAAAGUAAAGUGAGCAACCUUGA